UGCCGCCGUCUAAAGUUUGAACCACCUGUUCAAGGACGUCGUCUUAAGGGUCACGUGAUUUCCAAUCUUUCUAUCGGUAUUCAUGGAUCAUGUCAUCAUUUCUGCGCCAUGAAGAGGGACUGUGUGUCCGUUAACAUUGGUUCAGACGUAAAAGACACAGUGGUGUGUGAACUGAAUGAUGCUGACGUCGUACAACACCCCCAAGAUCUGAAGCCUGCACCUGGUUGGGCCUAUAGAGGAACGGAGGCAAGAACUAGCCAGAUUAUAAGUUUAGAUAAAUUGUUGUAAAUUAAAGAAUGUCAAAGCAGUGUUGUUUUAAAGCUAUGCUGGCCAUGGCAAAUGACGUUUAUUGUUGUUCUUGUUAAUGGUGACAAUGAUGAUGAUAAGGGCGUUGAGGAUGAUGAUAAUGAAACUUAAGGAAGUGGAGAUGAGGUGAAGUGCUGUUUAAAUAAGAGAAAGUUAUGGCAAUAUGCUGGCAAUGGCGUUUACGCCGUUGUCAUUGUUAAUGAUGAUGAUGAUGAUCUUGGUGAUGAUGAUGAUGAUGAUGCUACGAUGAUGAGGCCGAUAAUGAUAUGAAGACCUUUACCUUAUAUGAAUGAAUAUUGAAGGCCACUUGAAUUGAUAGGGUUGACUGUUACUGUUGGCGCGUGAAUGGAAAUGUAUUUCAGUAUGCUAGCUCACCGUUGUUGCCGUCCGUUUCAUUGACCUUCUUAAAGAUCAUUAAAAGAUGUGUUAUUGUGACCGUGAGGGUAGACAAAAGUGCAAAAAUGUAACUCUGUGCCCGGCUAGCUUUAUAGAGGUCACAACAAUGAUAUUUAAAAAUGCAAAUUGAUGGUUGAUUUCCCAAAAAGCGCAGUUGAUCCACCCGAAAAGCGGCUUGGAAUCGAGCCUAAGGUAACGUAAUCGAGCCUAAGGUAACGUAAGCUAAUCGGGUGCGCCCCCUUGGUGUUGGUAUUAAGGAGAUUUAAUCCUAGCGUAUUUUGUUCUCUUAGAAUCCGUGUUCCAGUUACCCUUGCUUAAACAAUGGCAGAUGCCUGACAGGAUACAGUGACAGCAAAUAUUUCUGUUUGUGCGAAUCUGGAUUUCAAGGGAUAAACUGCCAAACUGGUAAAAAGAAGGCUCUAAAAUGAUAGUGUUAUCGAAUAAUGUUAAUGAUGAUAUCUCCCCUCACUGCAUGUUUAGGUCCCUCACCCCUCUCCCCUCUACCUUAGCUCCAAUCAGCUUGGUAAAUUUUCGUUUCUUUUUCCACCAGCUUUGUAAAUUCAAAAGGUGAUUUCAGUAGUGUGAAAUGGUAAUUGUUUGGUUCUGUUCUUAAAUUUUCUGUUUUAUUUACUAUGAGUCUGGUUCUUUCGUGGAAAUUAUCACUAAGUUAGUUUACCUUGUAAGGCUGGUACUGAAACAUUCCCUUACCAUGGUAUCCAUGUACAGUGGAAGCUCCCAUAACGGAAACUCUUGAAGCGGACAGCUCUACUUGAGGCCGCCAUCGCAGAAACUCGUUUCAUGAUAGAAACUCUUUAUUUUACAUUCCGGUAGUGCGAACAUUCCCGUGGGUGGCCGUAGAUACUUUCAGGGUUUUGAAAUUAUACCAGUUUCAGAGUUUGUUUUUUCUUUUCACAUACACGUCCGGUUAACCUUAAAAAAAGAAAUUGAAUUUUAUGCUUGUACCUGAAUUACAGCGUCGUCAGAACAACAGUAUAGCCAAACGCAAACAAAUAGUUUUUUUGCAAUUCCCAGUAUGGAAGUGGACAAGCUCUCGUAAGCAAACAACUAACUCGCCCUUACACCUCUUGUGGCGAUAUGUGAGACCAAUUCUCGUAAGCGGCGAGCUUUACGAACACUGUUGGCUCCUUCUGCAUGCACUUGAAUUUAGUCGAAGCCACGUGACCAAGAAUCAAUCAAUCUGUUUUAAUUUAAUAUAUUUUAGUGAAAGCCUAAAUAAGGAUUGGCAUUGUAUGUGCUUUUAAAGCUUUCUCUUCUUAUGAAUAAUGAAGCCCUGCGAUCUUUGUUCACGAUAAUUCUAUACUGGUUUUUGUCUUUUUUAGACAUAAAUGAAUGCCAAGACGACAGCCACGACUGUGAUAAGAAUGCAAACUGUACAAACACGGUUGGCUCCUUCACUUGCAGCUGUAAUCCUGGAUUUUUUGGAAAUGGAAGUUCAUGCACAGGUACCUAAAAAUGAAAAAGGUGUACGAUGAAAUGUGGGUUUGCAACUGAUGUUAUCUGUAAAGGUCUGUUAAUAUAGUGCUCAUCGUUGUCAUUGUUGUCUCGUGUUUAGACAUCGAUGAAUGUGAGGACGAUAGCGACCAUAAUUGUGACGUGAACGCUACGUGUUCAAACACUGCUGGUUCCUUCAGUUGUACCUGUAAUCCUGGAUUUUUUGGAAAUGGAAGAUCAUGCACAGGUAAACAAAUAAAAUCAUGUACAAUUAAGCAAGAAGUACUCAACUGACUGAUUAGCCACCAAAAUGAAUUUACUAUUUUUUCUCCAAACUAAUCAACACUAUUUGUUGUAUUAAUUUGGUCUUGUUCUUGCCUUUUUUGUUUGCUUUUUACGUUUUAACCGAUUCAGUCUGCUGCAAUAAUUUUUAAUUUAGCCAUCCAAUACAAUUUUUUUAUGGAUUCUUUCAUGCUAAUGCUUUGUUGAAGAUAUCGAUGAAUGUAAAGACGAAAGCCAUAACUGCGAUGAAAAUGCAAACUGUACAAACACUUAUGGCUCCUUCAAUUGUAGCUGUAAUCCUGGAUUUCUUGGAAAUGGACAGUCAUGCACAGGUAUCUGAAAAUGAAAAAGGCGUACGAUGAAAUGUGGGUUUGGAACUGAUCUUAUCUGUAAAGGUCUGUUAAUAUAGUGCUCAUCGACUUGUUGUUGUCUCGUGUUUAGACAUCGAUAAAUGUGAGGACGAUAGCGGCCAUAAUUGUGAUGUAAACGAAAAAUUGUUCAAACAGUGCUGGUUCCAAGGUUGGGGGAGAGACGAGGUCUGGGACCGAGAAACGAUGCUCUCACAAUUUGCAAAGCGGUCACCCCGUGUGGUGGUCAGCGGAUAAUUGCAGUAUUUUUCCCACAGUAAAUAUUUUUAGACUUUUUAGAAGCAAGAAGCAAACCGGCAGAGGAAAUCAGAAAUGCUCAAAAAAUUGAAAAAAAUAAUAUCAUGCAUCUUUGUUUUUCUUUCAUAUCGUAUUUGUCUUUCGGUACUGAAAUUGCGGGGGAAACCGUGUUAGAUCUUAACCAACAACAAUGCUCUCGCUCGAUUUAUAGCUUACAUCGUUUUGGCCGGGUAAGGAUAACUUGAUGCUGAUAAAAAUUACUGGAGAAAGUGUCAAAUUCAUCGGAAGCAAGUAUAUUCAGAGAGCUUUAUGUUAUAAAUAUGAGCUUACAGCUCUACAAUCAUAACUAAAUAAACAUUCAGACUUCAUAACAUUUCACUUCGUUUAUUACGAUCAGUCAACAGCUUGAAUCCAAAGUUAAAAUUCAAAAGGAUCCUAAUAAACAAAUCACAACAACUACUGAAAGCUCUGUACCUUGAAGCGACUUUAACGUUCCUAAGGUUUGCAGCAAAACGCUGCUCGAUAGCUCAACUCUUCGGCGGUUCUUAUCAGCUGUACGGAACUAUAUGUUGCAUAAUCCAAACGCUGCAGAGAGAAGUUGUUUAACAGAAAAAGGUAACCACAGACUAUGUCUGAAAAGCGACAUGAAAUCAAUAAAUUUACUAAUUACCAAAAUAUAAUAGUGAGAAACAGUCCCGCCUUUGACCACCAUGUUUUUCUUUCUUCUCAACACCAUUGAUCUAUGGAUUUUUGACGUAAUGCGCAUGAUCAGUGCUAAAAUCCGCUGACACUUGCUGAUCGCCUUGCAAGUUGUGAGAGCAUCGCUUGGAUUUCAUUUAAGAGAAUGUAUGGGAAGUAGCUUUCCCCCCAACCCCUGGCUGGUUCCUUCAGUUGUUCCUGUAAUCCUGGAUUUUUUUUACAGAUUAGCCACUAAAAUGUCAAUUUACUAUUUUUUUCUCCAAACUAAUCAACACUAUUUGUUGUAUUAAUUUGGUCUUGUUCUUGUUUUUUUUGUUUGCUUUUUACGUUUUCAACCGAUUCAAUCUGCUGCAAUAAUUUUUAAUUUAGCCAUCCAAUGCAAUUUUUUUAAUGGAUUCUUUCAUGCUAAUGCUUUGUUGAAGAUAUCGAUGAAUGUAAAGACGAAAGCCAUAACUGCGAUGAAAAUGCAGACUGUACAAACAUUUAUGGCUCCUUCAAUUGUGGCUGUAAUCCUGGAUUUCUUGGAAAUGGAAGUUCAUGCACAGGUACCUAAAAAUGAAAAAGGUGUACGAUGAAAUGCGGGUUUGCAACUGAUGUUAUCUGUAAAGGUCUGUUAAUAUAGUGCUCAUCGACUUGUUGUUGUCACGUGUUUAGACAUCGAUGAAUGUGGGGACGAUAGCGGCCAUAAUUGUGACGUGAACGCAAAAUUGUUAAAACACUGCUGGUUCCUUCAGUUGUACCUAUAAUCCUGGAUUUUUUUGACUGAUUAGCCACCAAAAUGUCAAUUUACUAUUUUUUCUCCAAACUAAUCAACACUAUUUGUUGUUUUAAUUGGUCUUGUUCUUGUUUGUUUUUGUUUGCUUUUUACGUUUUUAACCGAUUCAGUCAGCUGCAAUAAUUUUUAAUUUAGCCAUCCAAUGCAAUUUUUUUAUGGAUUCUUUCAUGCUAAUGCUUUGUUGAAGAUAUCGAUGAAUGUAAAGACGAAAGCCAUAACUGCGAUGAAAAUGCAAACUGUACAAACACUUACGGCUCCUUCAAUUGUAGCUGUAAUCCUGGAUUUCUUGGAAAUGGACAGUCAUGCACAGGUAAGUAAUUCAAAAGAAUUUUUACAUGAAACAGAAUGUACGAUUAAACACAGCUUGGAACUGUUGACUUGUCAACCAGCCACUAAGAUAUAUUAUGUUAACCCUCGGACGUACAAUGGGACGGGGGGUGUUUGCCACACCCCCUACGGUUUUUCUGAUUUUUUUUCCUAGACGAUAAGACAUCAGCACCUGAAGUUUGGUUUAUCCUUCCCGCGCAUUUUGAGAUAAGUUUAGCGACGGUCAGUUACUAUGGUUACGAGAUAUGACGUCAUAAGUAGCAGGUAGUCAAGUCAUUUUUGACUGAAAAUGCAACUUUUUUCAACGGUAAAAGUAAAACUUGUGAAUAAAAUGAUGCAAAGCGCAAAAAAUUAUUAAUUCUCAAUGUUUUUACUUAAUUUCUAAUUCUUGAUAAAAUCCAACAUGGCAGACAAGAUGGCGACCAUGUUUGGUGACGUCACAGACCACCGGCAGCCCCACCACCCAUGAAACAUACCUUUGAAUCAUGAUACACGAGAAGCUGGGGAUAUUGCUACCUUUAAGAAGCUUAUAAAGGGGAGAAGGGGGGGGGGGGGGGAAGGGAGGCUUGCUUAUUUCUUAUUUAUAUUUAGUAGUUUUAGCAUGACUCUCACCUGUUAAUAAUCCCAAACUGUAUGUUCAGGUAUUGUUGGAUUUUCUUUGUUUAACUGGUUUUUGUUUGUUUGUUUUGUUUUUGUUUACAUGUAUAUUCAUUCAUUUAAAAGGCUUUCCACUGCAGGCAAAAUCGCUGCGAAAUACUGCAACAUAUCAAAAACUCAAGGGGGGGUCAACAUCAUCCAUGGUGGGGGUAUGACUUUGCUUGUACGUCCGAGGCUUAAAAACCGAUAUUUUGAAUAACAGUCCCUCACCAAAAUAUGUAGUAACUAUUUUUUGUUUAUCAAGUGCCCUGUCAGCACUAGUUAUUUUAUUUUGUUUUGCUUUUAUUAGUCCUUUUGAUGAACACUUUUUGUAACUUUCCUAAAUAUUAAAUUUAUCAGUCAAAUUCCUCUGCUGUCCCUGUACAAGACAACCUUGGUUUUUUACUGAUGGUUUUUGCACUCUGUUUCGUUGUUAAGUAGUAGAUCGACGUAUAAUGUAGUACGAUUGUUAGUUUAUGUUUCUUACGGAAUUGUUGUUUGGUGUUUAGACAUCGAUGAAUGUAAAGAUGGCAGCCAUAAUUUUGAUAAGAAAGCAAUUCAAACUGUAAAAACACUGCUGGUUCCUUCCGGCAACUGCAGCUGUAAACAAAUUUAGGUUUGAUUGCAGCUCAUUUGAUUUUUCUUUAAAAAAGAACCAACACACUUUGUGUUUAUGGACCGUUAAUGUUAAUGUAGUAGUGUUCGAUUUUAUCGCGCGAUUUGUAGGGCGACAAGAAGAGCUGUGAUUUGGCUUCAACUCCAGUACAUAUACUGAGCCGUGUAAACGUACGGCCUGCGAUUUUUCAUCAAAGCUUUGUUAUCGUUAUCGUUAUCAUCAUCAUCAGCAUUAUUGUUAGUACUGGUCUUACGCCAUGAUUAAAAAAGCGACGUAUUUCUUUCAAGGAAUGCUUUCUUUUAAUGUGUAAUAAAUGUUUCCUUUUUCAGCUGUAAAGUCUUGCCAGGAGGUGUACGCUUUUGAUUCUGAGGAGUAAGUCACAUUCUCAAACUUUUUCAUGUGUGCAAAUUGAGUAAGCCUUGUUCCUCGUUUUCUUGUUUACUCGGGGAUGCGCGUAGCAACUUCCCUCAAGUAUAUAUUGUACGUGGACUCUUCAAUAUGCAGAUGUGUCAUUCUUUCACCAAGACAUAGACGCUCUUUGGUCCCCAACUCGAGAGCGCCCGAUAUAAACUUUCAAAAUGGCAACUCUCGUACAAAUCGAUGGUUCUCGAACUAAAGUGAGAAGUUUUAAAAAAACAUGUUUUGCUCUUCCUUGACAGCUGUAAUUAAAUUGAUCAUUUUGAUCAAAGCCAAUAAGAUCAUAGCUCUUUCGGCAUCAAACGUUUUAGUGUGAACAGCCGAAAACGCAUCAAAACAGUAGUGUGGACGUGAAUCGAUAAAUGUGCUUUCAAUGACAACCAGAAUGUAUACUUCUGAAAAGGCGUACAGCCCCUUAGCAAAAACAGAGCGAGAUGAGGGAAAUUGUAAAACUUCUGCUAACCCUAUGUUCAUAAAACACUGAAAAAACCAGGUAAAUAUAUAUGUAUACAAAAUCACUAUUUAUUCAAAAUAUUUCUCCGUUUCCAAUUGGCUCAAAUCCCCCUGCUAAUUUUUCAUAACGCGUUGACCAAAUGGCAUCAAUGGCCUUCUGUACCUUUCACGUUCCCAACUAAUGCAAUUUGGUUUCCCACAAAACUUGUUUGUUUCCAAAAUAUUAUUUCUCAAGGGACGAUAGGGGGGCCGGGCCCCACGGGCCCCUCCCCUAGAUCCGCCACUGCUCCUCGAUCUGCUUAUUUUAAUUCUUCAUAUCAUAUUCAGCCCCAUCCGAUAAUUGCUAAUUAUCCGGCUACCCUUUAGUGCAUAUAGGUGAUUCAAUGGCUUUCUCAGGCAUACAGCUUAACUAAAAUCUACUUUUUUCGUACAGGUUCAACGUUAGUAAGGAGGUUACGAUCUUGCUUGACUCUAAACCAACUGCCGUGUUUUGUCACUUUGGAAAUUUUGACUGUGGAAAUGGGGGAUGGACUCCGAUCAUAAAGAUGGACGGCGAAAAGGUGGAACAUUACUUACUGAAUACUAUAAUUUCCGCAACUAAUAUAUGCUCUCUAGACUAGUACGAGUGCGGCUUAAGAAUUUCAAGAAGUCUGUUGAAGGACAAACACGACAGAGGCCCCGGUGAUGCACAGACUGGCCAGGCGCUUUAUCAGCCACGAGGAACCGCAUAACAACAGAGCAUUAAUUGUCAGCCAUGUUUUCUACUUUUUCAUUUUAUUUUCACAAGAAAGGUGCUAUAAAAAAAUUUCCAAAUUCUUGAUUGAUAAGCAAAGCAAUAAGCAAAGAAAAGUAAUGUAUUGAACUUCCUGGCAGGCUUACAAAAGGGUUAACUAAACGUUUACCACAAUGCAUCGCGCGCAGGGUCUGAAUCAUGCAUCAUUUUUCACUGAAGCAAACUUCAUUGGAAAAGAUGCAUACAUGGUUUCAAGAGAAUUAAUGGGGGAAAAGUUGGACGGUAAUUUCAAAUAUAAGCUCCAGCUCAGUUUUAUAUCAGUUUUUAAAUUAGUUGAUUAAUUCACUAAGGAGUUAAAAUUCUUUCACAGCAAACUUUUCGUUACGAUGCCAACAUCUGGAACGAUAAAGAAGUCUUAAACCUUGGCGGAGGGAAGACUGGUUUCGACUCACAGGAGACCAAACUUCCGUCCUACUGGAACACAUCCUUCUCCAAGAUCUGCCUCGGCAUGAAGAUCAACGACCAGAUCAAUUUUAUUGUUAUCGACAAGCAGGCGAAGUCCUUGUACUCUCUGAUCGCUGAUGGGAAAUACCGCAGCACCUCACUGGGUCGUAACAAGUGGAUGUCGCUGAUUGGUUCUAAAGCCUCAUUGCAGUGGAACUGUAACAAGGAAGGGUUCAACGCAAAGUGUACCUCCAGUGGCCUUUCCAGAACAAGAAUCGGUAUUCUCGGCAACAAUCAAAAUGAUUGCCGUACAUGUAACUCCAGAUUGGGGUUUGGGAGCGAAGGGAACUUCGAUGAUAGGCGGAAUACAUGUGGAAAUUUGGAUAAUCAGAAGGACAAAGGACUGAGCAUCAAGGCAAUGGGGUAUAUCCUGGUGCAGUGA